GGGGACGAGGUGUGGCUUUGGCCGGAGAAAUCAAUUUAUAACAUCUGAAAUUGGUGGAGGUAGAGUUGGGGAUUUCUGCCAUGGCUGCUGAGCUGGACUUCUCACCCCCAGAAAUCCCAGAGCCUACGUUCAUGGAGAACAUCCUACACUAUGGCCUCUUCUUUGGUGCCAUUUUCCAACUCAUCUGUAUAUUGGCCAUAAUCCUUCCCAUUCCAAAGUCACAUAAAAUGGACACUGAAAGCUUUGACAUGAAAAGUUCAGAAGCCAUAAAGAAGCCCAAAGCUGCCAGUGCAUCGGUGAACAAGAAGCCCAAGAAAGAAACCAAGAAGAAACGGUAAAACAGCUUCACGACAAACAUUUUCAGGACAAAGUUACGGCAACCAUCAAGCUUUCUUGAAGGCGACACAGGUGAAAAACAAAAGACUUCUGAUAAAGCCGUGCUUAGUCUUAUUCCUGGUGAAGAGGAAGUACUUCCUAAAAUGGCUUGUGGAUUAUUGUUUCACCUGAUCAAUUGUAAAUACCUGUAAAGUUUAUGGAACUUUUCUAAUUAAGAUGGAACAUCUUACCAGUUACUGGGGUCAGGAGAGAAUAGUGAUGUUUGAGAAAUGCAGCUCCCAUGAAAAGGGUAUUGGGCCAUAGGCGUGGGCCCCUCAAAAUGCCUUUUUCCAUGUGUGGGUUUUCCCCAUGGUCAAGCACUACGACUUAUUAUUUUGUGUGUUGUUGAUGUGCCUCAUAGGCCUUGAUUUUUAGAACCUAGUUAUUGUUUUCACUUGUGUGUGUUUUUGUAUUUUAAAGACUCAUAAUUAUCUCCUUGCUUUUAGCUUUAGUUGGAUAAAAGUAUUAAUCUGGCAGCUUAACGAUCUUCCUUUGCUGCAGCCUUCCCCACCUGGUGCUCUCCUACAACUCCCAUCAUUCCCAGUCAUCAUCUCCAAUGGCCAUGCUUAUCAAACAAGUCUGGAGGUCACCAUCACGGGGAUGGCAGCCCCACCGCUUGAGCUCAAUUACAUAAGUAAUAAUUCUUCUCUAUGCUUUGAAAUGAAUUUGGGUGCUUUUUCUUUUUUUAAGGUUCAGGUGGACUUAAAUGAGCUAGAUUCAUAAUCAGUGGAAGAUGAGUACUUGCAUGCAAAUGAAACCCACAAUCCUAGAUCUUCAUCUAUUAGACAAAAUUCCAUUAUUUUAAGUACCAUGGCCUCCAUCGCUAUCUGUAAAGGUGAACACAGGUACUUAGUUAUGAUGGCUACGUGGCCGAAGUGGGGAUACUGAGAAACGAGUCAGAGUAUUGUCAUUUUUGGAGGAAUGGGCCCCAAGGUUUACAGAAGUAGGAAACAAAUCUUUAGGAAGAAAACCCUGAAGGAGGAAGCCCAAACCCCCACCCACCCCAAAAAAUCUGC